AUGGAUUCUUUCACUGAAAUCUUCGUCAGGCUGCUGUUUCUGGCUGCUUUUCAUUACUGGAAUGUGUUAGUAGCAGGGAACAAAUAUAAUUGUGAUAAUCAACUGGUGACUGCCUUGCCUCAGUCAUCAUUCAGCAGUUCAUCAGAGCUGUCCAGUAGUCACAGCCCAGGAUUUGCAAGGCUUAAUCGAAGAGAUGGUGCUGGUGGCUGGACUCCACUUGUGUCAAAUAAAUAUCAAUGGCUUCAAAUUGAUCUUGGUGAAAGAACUGAAAUCACUGCCGUUGCCACCCAAGGUGGAUAUGGGAGUUCUGACUGGGUAACAAGCUACCUCCUGAUGUUCAGUGACAGUGGAAGAAACUGGAAGCAAUAUUGUCAAGAAGAAAGCAUUUGGGCUUUUUCAGGAAACACAAAUGCAGACAGUGUGGUGUAUCAUAAACUCCAGCAUUCCAUCAAAGCAAGAUUUCUCCAGUUUAUCCCUUUGGAUUGGAACCCCAAUGGCAGGAUUGGAAUGCGAAUUGAGGUCUAUGGUUGUGCUUAUCGGUCUGAGGUGGCAGAUUUUGAUGGGAAAAGUUUGCUGAUCUUCAGAUUUAACCCCAAAUCCACAACAGCACUGAAAGAUGUAAUUUCUCUGAAAUUUAAAACUAUCCAGAGGGAUGGGGUCCUGCUCCACAGAGAAGGACAGAAUGGAGACCAUAUCACCUUGGCUUUAUUUAAUGGAAAGCUUUCUUUACUCAUCAACAUAGGUGAUGCUAAAAUGUAUUCUGCUGAUGCCCAGAUUAAUAUCACUCUGGGUAGCCUUUUGGAUGAUCAGCAUUGGCAUUCAGUCCUCAUUGAACAUUUCAAUAAUCAAGUGAAUUUUACAGUUGAUAAACACACUCACCAUUUUCAUGCAAAGGGAGAAUUCAAUUAUUUGGACCUUGAUUAUGAGCUCAGCUUUGGAGGGAUUCCAAUGCCAGGAAAACCAGGCAUAUUACCAUGGAAAACAUUUCAGGGAUGCUUUGAAAAUCUUUAUUACAAUGGUGUGAAUGUUAUUGAUUUGGCCAAGAGACAUAAACCUCAAAUCAACAUAAUGGGCAAUAUAUCCUUCUCUUGUGCAGAGCCCCCAAUUGUUCCUGUCACCUUUUUGAACUCCAAUAGCUAUCUUGCAUUGCCUGGCACAUCAGGACAAGAUGACAUUUCAGUUGGUUUUCAUUUUCGGACUUGGAACAAUGAAGGGCUCUUGCUUUCAAGCAAACUCUUCCAAUCUACUGGUGGCCUCCUCUUGUAUCUUAGUGAUGGAAAGGUUAAACUCAGCAUCUAUAAACCAGGAAAGGCACAGAGUGACAUCACUGCAGGUGCUGGAUUACAUAAUGGACAGUGGCAUUCUGUUCUUUUGUCAGCUAAAAGAAACCGUGUAAGCUUAAUAAUAGACAAUGAUGCAGCCUCCUCCUCUCAUGCUUCAGUAACUAUACAGAUAUUUUCAGGAGACACUUACUACUUUGGAGGAUGCCCUGCUAAUGACAGCAUCAUGGAAUGUAAAAAUCCAUCCAGUAGUUUCCUUGGAUGUAUGAAACUAAUUUCUAUUGAUAACAAAGCAGUAGAUUUAAUUUCAGUUCAACAAAAUUCAGUAGGAAAUUUCAGUGAUCUACAAAUAGAUUUGUGUGGCAUUAUAGACAGAUGUCUGCCCAAUUACUGUGAACAUGGUGGUGAAUGUUCACAGUCCUGGAAUAGUUUCUAUUGCAACUGUGCAAACACAGGUUAUACAGGGGCUACAUGUCAUUCCUCCAUUUAUGAGCAAUCUUGUGAAGCCUAUAAGCACAGAGGGAACACUUCAGGCUUUUACUACAUCGAUUCAGAUGGGAGUGGCCCCUUGGGGCCAUUUCUUGUAUACUGCAAUAUGACAGACACCACUUGGACAAUUAUACAGCACAACAACACAGAGUUAACCAGAGUCAAAAGUGCAAAUCCAGAGAACCCACAUACUGUGUUUUUCAAAUAUGCUGCCAACCUAGAACAGCUUCAGGCUACAAUUAACCAUGCAGAACACUGUGAGCAGGAGCUUGCUUACCAUUGCAAAAAGUCACGCCUUUCAAAUAAGCGAGAAGGGAUUCCAUUCAGCUGGUGGAUUGGAAAAAUCAAUGAGACACAGACAUACUGGGGAGGUUCCACGCCAGAUGUUCAAAAAUGUGCUUGUGGAAUACAAGGAAGCUGCAUUGAUUCUCAGCAUGACUGCAACUGUGAUGCUGACAGAAAUGAAUGGUCUAAUGACACAGGACUACUUUCAUAUAAAGACCACCUUCCAGUAACAAAACUGGUCAUCACAGAUACACAUCGACCAAAUUCUGAAGCAGAGUACAAACUUGGACCUUUGCUUUGCCGGGGUGACAGAGAGUUUUGGAAUGCAGCCUCCUUCAACACUGAGGCCUCUUAUCUUCAUUUCCCCACUUUUCAUGGAGAACUUAGUGCAGAUGUGUCACUUUUCUUUAAGACAACAGCUUCCUCUGGUGUGUUUUUAGAAAAUCUGGGAAUUAAAGACUUCAUAAGGAUAGAACUGCUCUCUCCAACUGAAGUGACAUUUUCAUUUGAUGUGGGAAAUGGGCCAAACGAUAUCACUGUGAAGUCACCCAGUCCCUUAAAUGACAACCGAUGGCACUAUGUGAAGGCUGAAAGAAAUGUCAAAGAGGCAUCAUUGCAAAUAGAUCAGCUACCUCAAAGGACUCGUGCAGCUUCAUCUGAUGGACAUAUCCGUUUGCAGCUCAACAGUCAGCUCUUUGUUGGUGGGACAGCAUCCAGACAGAAAGGAUUUCUGGGCUGUAUUCGUUCUUUGCAGCUAAAUGGAGGAGCACUUGACUUGGAAGAGAGAGCAAAGAUAACCCCAGGUGUAGAACCAGGUUGCCCUGGACAUUGUAGCAGCUACAGUAGCUUAUGCCACAAUGGAGGAAAAUGCAAAGAGAGAUUCAGUGGAUUCUCUUGUGACUGCACUUUGUCUGCCUAUGAGGGGCCAUUCUGUAAGAAAGAGAUCUCUGCAUAUUUUAGAGCUGGCUCUUCAGUAACGUACAAUUUUCAGGAGACAUACACCUUGGCUAAGAACUCAAGCUCUCAUGCAGCUUCAUUUCAUCCUGAUAUAUCACUAACUAGAGAAGCUAUCACAUUUACAUUUCGAACCACAUGGGCUCCAAGCUUACUUCUUUAUGUAAGCUCCUUCUAUAAAGAGUAUCUUUCAAUUAUUCUCACCAAAAAUGGAAGUUUACAGAUCAGGUACAAGCUAGAUAGCCAUCAAGAUCCUGACAGCUUUAGCAUCAAUUUCAAAAGCAUGGCCGAUGGGCAGCUUCACCGUGUGAAAAUUAACAGACAAGAAGAAAUGCUAUUUGUGGAGGUUAACCAGAAUGAAAGGAUGAGAUUCAGACUGUCUUCGGAUACACAGUUCAAUGCAAUCAAAUCCCUCAUACUUGGCAAGAUCUUAGUGGAGAAUAGCGAUGUAGACCCAGAUACUCUGAAGGCUAUCUCUCAGGGAUUUAUUGGAUGUCUUUCUUCAGUGCAAUUCAACCAUAUUGCUCCUUUGAAGGCUGCACUGUACGAUUCCAGCUCAGCUCCAGUUACUGUAAAGGGACAUUUCACUGAAUCCAAAUGUGGCACUUUAACAAGCAUUGACUCAACAUCAAGUGAAACAACCCAUUCAUUUGCAGAUCAUUCAGGACCAAUAGAUGAGGGGAAACCUUUAGCUAAUGCGCUAACGAAUGACUCUGCAAUUAUUGGAG